CACUUGAACGCAGGAACCCUCUAACGGAGAUUAUCUUGGCGGACUUUCACCGCGACUUUGCUGCUGCACGACUCGCUCCCGCUCACAGCACCGCCCGCCCGCCUGCCGCUUGUAGAAUCCUCGUCAACUCAUUGCCGCGGGAUUCUAACAAGAACCUCCCGCGCGUUCAAUCAUGUCUCGUUUCUUUCGUGGAGGCGAUUCCAGCUCGGAAUCGGACUCCGACUACUCCUCGUCCGACGAGGAGAAUCGCAAAGCCCACGACAGCGAUGCCACCACAGACUCUGGUUCCGAGGAUGGUAGCGAUGCUUCCCACUCGGACUCUGAUUCCGACGCCGACCGUGGCGCGGCCGGAAAGCCUGCCACUGGUGCUAGCAAGUUCAUGAGAGGAUUCGCAGGCUCAGAUUCUGAUGAGGAUUCUGACGAUGAUACCAAGCGCGUGGUGAAGUCUGCGAGGGAUAAGCGGUUUGAUGAAAUGCGGGGCACCGUCAAAUCGUUGAAGAAUGCACAGAAGAUCAACGAUUGGGUUGCUAUCCAGAAUGAAUUCGAGAAGCUCAACAAAGCUUACGCCAAAUCGAAUGCUAUCAUCCAACGCGAGGGCGUUCCUCGAUUUUACAUCCGGGCCAUUGUGGAGCUGGAGGAUUUCAUGAAAUCUGUGUUGACGAACAAGGUUGCCGUGAAGAAGAUGAACGCCUCCUCGUCUCGUGGCUUGAACGCUAUGAAGCAAAGGUUGAGGAAGCACAACAAACAAUUUGAGUCGGACAUUGCAAAGUUUCAGACAAAUCCCAUCGAUGAAGACGCCUCUGCUGAUGAAGCUGAAGCUGCGGCGGCUAAGAGGGCUGCCGCAGAGCGACCGGUUAGCGAAUCAGAUUCUGACGAUGAAGGGCUCACUGGACGGGAGAAGUGGGUGAAAGUAGCCGAGGACGGAACAGAACAAAGCGACACCGAACGGACAAAGUCGAAAGAUCGGAAGCGUAAGCCCAAGGGAGUUGGCCCAGUCGAGGCCGGUGAUGACUUUCAGGUGGUCGGGAAGGGUGGCAAGGUUUUCGAAGUGAAACCCGAAAACCUCUUCAAGAAAUUACAAGAGCUCAUAAAUCUUCGCGGAAAGAAGGGAACGGAUCGUCAAGUUCAGUUGGAUAACCUGCAACGAGUGUUGGAGGUCGCAGAGACCCCGUACCAGAAGAUCAAGGUUCUACUCGCUCUGAUUCCUGCCCGUUUCGAUUCCGUGUCCUCCACGACUGGACAUAUGACCGCCGAGAUGUGGAAGCUCGCUGCAACAGAGUUGAAUACCUUCUUCAGCCUGUUGGAGGAACAUGACAAUGUGCGAAUCUUGGAGGUGGUAGACGAAGAAGAUUCGGAAGUGAUUGCGGAGGAAAAGUUCAAAAACGCCGAUAACGUCAUCAUCCGAGGAAGCGUAUCAUCCUUGAUCGACCGGAUUGACGACGAGUUCGGCAAAUCACUGCAGCACAUGGAUCCUCACACUCUCGACUAUGUGAAUAGGUUGAGAGACGAAACCGUGCUGUACGCUCUUAUUGUCCGAGGCCAGAAAUACCUCGAGGGAGCAGGGUUCGCCAUGGCGUCGGACCUGAUGAAAAUGCGCCGAGUGGAACACGUCUACUACAAGCCCGAUGUAGUUAUUCGUGCCGUCGAGAAGCAAGUUCGCGUUUUGUGUCCAUCUCUCAAUGAGGACCUUGACGAGCCUGUCACAUUGGUGGAGCGUCUCUGCACUGAACUCUACAAGACGGAUGUGGAUCGCGUCCGAACUCGAGCUCUGCUUUGUCACGUGUACCACCUUGCGCUGCACGACAAGUUCAUGGCAGCGCGAGACAUGAUGUUGAUGUCUCACAUCCAGGAUCACAUUGCGCAAAUGGAGAUUUCGGCUCAGAUCCUGUUCAACAGGACUAUGGUUCAGCUUGGGCUCUGUGCAUUCCGCGCUGGUCUGAUCAGAGACGCAUCGUACACUCUCCAGGAAAUCUCGGCUUCCGGCAGAGUGAAGGAGCUUCUCGCGCAAGGCGUCCAAAUGCAGCGCUUCUCCGACAAAACUGCUGAGCAGGAACGUUUGGAGAAGGCUCGUCAGCUACCCUUCCACAUGCAUAUCAACCUUGAACUCCUGGAAUGCGUGUACCUGACAUCGUCGAUGUUGCUCGAGAUCCCCAACUUGGCAGCGAAUGCGCAUGAGCCUCGCCGGCGAGUGAUCAGCAAGCCUUUCCGAAGAAUGCUUGACUACAACGAACGCCAAGUCUUCUCUGGUCCUCCGGAAAACACCAGAGAUCACGUGAUGGGUGCUGCCAAAGCUCUUGCAGCAGGAGAGUGGCGCAAGUGCGAAGAGCUGAUCAAGGAGGUCAAGAUCUGGGAUCUUAUGCCUAACAAGGACAGCAUCAUGAGCAUGUUGAGCGAGAAAAUCAAGGAGGAAGGUCUGCGAACAUACUUCUUCUCCUACUCUCGACACUAUGAAUCUCUGGGGAUUGAGCAACUCGCGUCCAUGUUCGACCUCACCCCCGCUGGCGUUCGCGGUAUCGUAUCGCGUAUGAUCAUCAACGAGGAGAUUCAAGCUUCUAUCGACCAGGGCACUGGCACGGUCGUCUUCCACCGUGCUGCAGAGAGUGGCGGUGAUACUACGCACCUGGAGCACCUGGCUGAGGUGUACGCGGACAAGGUGGCAACUCUCGUCGAGAGCAACGAACGGUUACUCGAAGCUAGAGCCAUCAACUUGGGCCUGCAGCAAGCGCAGCACGACAAACAGCCGCAGCAACGGGGUGACCACCGUGGGCCGCGCGAUCAACAACGUGGUGGGCACGCGGGCCAGAUUGGCGGUGGGUUCCGAGGCGGUGAACGUCGCGAUGGGGCACGACAAGGCGGAUAUGGCGGCGACAGAGGUACACGCGGCGGCAGAGGACGACCUCUUGGUCAGCGAGCUGGUCGCUAG